GUUGAGCAUCUUUUCGGCGUCUGAUAAACACUUCGCUUGGUGUUUUGUUAGCGGAGCAGCUAAACUGUGUUUGUGUGAUGUCUAAAACACACGAACCAGCUGCUAUUUAAAUAUCAACACGGCGGUGAUAGGCUUCUUUUUCUUUCUUAUGCGACAAAGGGUCGCUUUCUUUGAGUCGUUCUCCUGGCAUUAAGGAUAUUACAUAAUGUGGCAGUAAGCUGUUGCUAUUGCUUCACAGUGUUUUGCUAACAUAACAUUCAGGUUACAGACGCUUCUCGGCCGCGGUAGUUUUGUUGAAUAAUGGGAUUUAACAGAAUCCACCUUAGCAUAGGAUAUGCUACCUUCGGGACUGUGGUAGGACUUUCGGCUUUCCUGGUUUGGAAUAUCGCCUAUAAACAGCCAUGGACGGCGGCUAUGGGAGGCCUGUCAGGAGUGUUGGCGCUCUGGGCUCUUGUCACACACAUCAUGUACCUACAGGACUACUGGCGCACCUGGCUCAAGGGCCUCAAGUUCUUCAUCGCUGUCGGUGUGCUCUUUUCCAUCUUGGCCGUGACUGCCUUCAUCAUUUUUCUAACGCUGGCCAUCACACAGAAGCAAUCUCUCUCUGACCCAAGGAGCCUCUACCUCUCCUGCGUGUGGAGCUUCCUGACCCUCAAGUGGUCUUUCCUCUUGUCCUUGUACUCGUACCGAUACCGCCAGGAGUUUGCAGACAUCAGCAUCCUCAGUGAUUUCUAGUUGGUGCCAGUUUGACAGACUGCAGUUGACUUGAGGGGAUUUUAGGCUGCCAGCAGGAGCUGGUCAAUGAGCUUUUUUCUUUUCUUUUUCUUUUUAAUCAAAGAGGAGAGAAAGCAGACAUGGCUAGAUUUUUAAGUCAUCUGACUUUCAUCACAUGGAGUUGCACUUGUUGCACUUGCUUAACAAGCUCUGUGUUUGUAUUGUAACCCGUUCUCCCACUUUCAAGAGCUCACAUGUUGCAGUUGUCGUAGCGUGUCAAAAGUCAAAACCCGUAAAGACUGGAACAGUUUUUAUUGAAUAGCUCACAGUCAUUCGUGAAGACACAGGCAGGGGUUUGUUCCAAUGACUUUUAUUGCAGAUGUUUUUUCAGCUAAUAUCUCAAAGGAAAUUCCCACAAUAACAGCUUCUAAUCCAAUGACCAAAACUAAACAGUUUUACCUGAAGUGACUCUGAUACGAGACUCUGUUUAUUGGGAGUGCAUCCAGACCACGGAGCUCUGAACUGCAAAGCUUUCGACAGUCACUGCAUCAGUCUGUCCAUGAGUGCUGGUCAGUUUAUGCCCUUUCCAUUUUGCACAUGAAUUUAUACCUGAAACAGCAGCCUUUGUGAAGGGAACAUGCACAAGACGGAUUCCUCUAAAAAGGACCUGUAGUAACACUUGGGUAUAGGUUAUAAAAAAAAUGUUGUUUAUCCCUUUUAUAAUCAUAUUCAGGAUUCAUUUUGGUUUUAUGGCUGUGGAGUUUUCAAGAAUGUGCAAUGAGUUAGCGCUACUGCGUCCUUUUACAAAAUAACUUCAACACUCAAUAUCCAGCAGUCAUUCAGUAUUACUGUGUUUUUAUUCUUUAAUCUUGGAGAUUUGUGAGGUCCACAGCUACGAACAAUAUAUAGAUGCAUUUCUUUCUUUUUGAGAGUUUUGAGAGCUAUAAGAAGUAUGCAAGCCAGAUCCUGUCAGCAGCGACUGGAUAGGGAUCAAAGGGUAAAAAAAAAAACUUGAUCUGGGAAUAAGUUCCAGUCAGUUGGAAGACGAUCAAUAUCUAAAAACAAUACCGAUGCCAUCCA